ACACAGGGGUGGCUCGGGAACGAGCUUCGCAUCCAGCGGUCUGGCGACGGAGGGAAUAUGCUCAGUUCAGAUAUGAAUGAAUGAAAAUAUGACAGCUUCACACAGACAGAGAUGUCUGGAACACCAUUUCCGGUUCGGGCUGACCUGUCAGGUGUUACGUGCUGCUCGGUCCACAUCUGGAGCAGCAGCGCGCGGUGUGUCUGCGUGUCUGCUCCUAAGAAAUGCCAUUUCACCUAAGUGAUCUUCUGCCUGUUUCUUCUUCUUCUUCUUCUUCUUUUCCACUCUCGGAUUUUAUCUUGUCGGUCGCCUUGAAUCGUGUGUGCGCGUGUAUGUGUGUCUGUACGUGUGUGUUUGCUUGAGCCAGUGAUUGAAGGGCUUUCAUGACUUGUGCCCUCAGGACUGUGAAGCCACGAGAACAGGAUGAAAAUCGUUCGUUUGGUGCUGAUUCGCCCUUUCAGCGUCAUCAGCGUUAUUUCGCCCCUUAAUUAGAAGACCGGUAACCGCGGUGAAAAUCUGCUGAUCAAACAAUGGAAAGACCUUCAGUGCAUCAACCUAAAGGAUAGAAGAUAGAAAGCCAGAGAGCCUGGAGGGGAAACCAUGGUCAUCGCUGAUAGAAACGCCGGCACCCCUGUGCCUAAAAAGGAGCCCCAGAAGAAAAGGAAGUCUCGCCCUCAUGGUCUGCCCUCUCCGGCACUCUGCUGUGCUUGUGGCUUAUGCAUCAUGCUGGCUGGACUCAACAUCACCCUGGUGGGAGCAUUCGCCUUCAGCACACUGAUGCCUUCUGCCAACCCCCCAAUCAUCAUCGGACCUAUCCUGCUGCUGGUGGCCUUUUCCUUUUUCGGAGCGUGUUGCGUGUGCAGUCGACUCCCGCCUCCACACAGCUCACGGAGGUCCAAGGUUGGGGGCAGAGGGGCUGGCUUGAUGGGACACGGCGGGCUGGCUGGCGGGGCAGCGUUUGAAAUAGAGACCAGCGAGCACACACUGCAGGACACUACAGCUGUGCAGCUGAGCCCCACAUCCUCCCCUGCAUCAUCCCAGGCAUCCAGCUCAGAAAAGGAGGCUCCUGAUGCUGAUGCAGCCCUGCCGGGACCUUGCAAGCUCUUCACCAUGGAGACAAACGGGCCGUCUUGUGUUUCUGCCACCGCAGUCUACUCAACCUCCGCAGCAGCAGGAGGGGAGGUGAAGCUCAAUCUACCACGUGAAGAAGUGGUCACCUAGCAGGGCAGAAACUCUUAGUCUAUGCUAGCAGUGUAAAUAUCCUUCUGGGCAGAAGGGCUGCUGGGUGUGAUUGUAUUCUCUAGUUUACGUACUGCCAUAUUUCUGGUUGUGAAAAGGUGUCAAAAGUUAUGCUUUUAUUUAUUCAUUUAUUUACUUUCUUGCCGUGCCAACUGGUAAAUAGCAUGCAAGUAUUUGUGGAUCAAAGGUUUCGGAAUUUAAAUUCCUACCUCUCUCGUGUCGUUUUCUUACAGGUCUUUGUUUUUAAUGUGGGGCAUUAUGAACUGAUUUCAUGAAGAAGUCAAAGAGUCUGAAACCUUAAACACUCUUUUUCACUCUUGUUCUGAUUAAUGGAAACCUCAACUCUCAGCAGUGACUUUAGAGGGCUAACUAACAAAAAAGACUAAACAUCUGAUUAUUUAUUUCUUCUGAAAACUUUACACGUGAAAGGUCAGUAGCUAAACUGGACGGAAACGCAUUUAAUAACAUUUGGCAUUUUGUGUGCCAUGCUCAGUGCUCAGCUUGUUUUGGGGGUGUAAGCUAUUAUAGGUCAUACAUGUGCCAAAGCAAUAUUCCCUUGAAAUGCAAAGGGAUUGCACCACACAAUAGCCAAUUGCAAUGUGUACACGUGUAACUAUAUACAGUGUUGUUUGAAGUCAUUAUUUCUGUAGUUUGAUGUAACGAAUACCAUCAUCAAUGCUGUGAAUAUUAUGUUUCUCUCUUUUCAUCUGGCGGGUUUAUGACAUGUUAAACUUUUAAUCGAAGGCAACCCCAUCAGUUUAAGGUCAUGUUGAUCAGAGCUUUAAUCGAUAGUUCCUAAUGCAUAAUCCAGUCAGAGCAAGGAUUUCUUUCUCCUCUUACUCAGCGUGCAUUUCAUUACUUUUUUAGAGUGCUAUAAGAGCAUCUUUUCUAAAUGUGAACAAAGGAAUUUCACAGGAGAUGUUUUCCUCCUAUGGACCUAACAUUGACAGCACUGAAAAGCCAAGAAGUUUAGAUAUUCCAAUUAUAUAAAAUGCAUCUGUUCCCCGUCACUGUGAUGGCUUCGUGUCAGUUUAAAUCUGCCUAGUAGACAUUCAACCCCUGAUUUCCUUUGAAAGGAAAAGUUGCCUUAGACUGAGAUAUCAGGAUCAAACUAAUGAGGGCUAUAAAAAAGUGCACAACAGCAGUUUUCUGCAGAAAGCCUUUGUUUGGCUCCAGAUUUCUAUUCAGCAUUGUUAAGAAAGACUCAGUGAUUUUGUGUUUUUUUGUGUUAUAAAUGCAUGCAGGAUGUUCUCAGAAGUCUGUAUGAGGUAGCAGUUGCAUACAUACAGACAAACAGACACUGUUUGACAUUUUUUAAAAAAAGCCAGUUGGUGUUCCUUCAGAGUUCGCCUCUGAUGCCAAAUUAGAGUGUCAAGCUUAAUUUUGCAUGUUCAGAAAAUGGGUUACGGGAAAGCAAACACCCUGAUGUGAAUGAUUAAUGUUGUCUGUGUGUUUUAAAUUGUGUAGCACCUAUAGAAAAUGUUAAACAAAAAAAUAUGUAAAGGAUAGAAUAUUUUUGUCAAGACUAAUUUAAAGGUUCCUAACCCAAUGUGAUUUCUUCAAAAGGCAUAAAUAAAACAGGCUCUUUCUGUAAAAAAUA